AUGCCAAUGUUUACUAGAUUAAUGCCAUUUUUUGAAUGUAGCCUUUUGGAAGGAUACUUUCAAACCUUCACUCAAAGACUUUUUGAACUUCCGAAAGAAAAAUGCAGUAGAUCAAUAAAAUUCUUUUGGGAAUUACAAGACAUUUGUAAUGAAUCAGAGCUAGUCGAUGAGAAGUCAAAAUUGCAAUGGAAAGAAGGGAUAUUUGAAUUUGAAAAAACGGGACCUUGCCAUCUCCGAGAGACCUCAUAUGCUGUGCAAGAAAAACAAAUUUCAAGUUAUACAUCCUACGAGAGUCUGAAAUACAAACAAAUAACUCUAACGGUUGUUGGUAGAAAAAGUGCUGAAUGGAUUGUAAAUAAUAUUCGAAUCAGAGAACGUCUCAAAGAAUACCAGUUGGAGAAAAAUCCGUUCAAAAUGAAUUCGGAAUAUUAUGAUGUUAUAUUUUUCAAUUCUAAAAAAGAAAGGUUUUUAAGGACAUUGGAUGAAAGUAUCUUAACACAAAUGCUCAGCGAUAUAAGUGAGAAAGAAAUUGAAAAUACUGUAGAAAAUGAAAUCAAAUUGCUGUUAGAUCAUGUCAUUGAUCGUGAUAUUAAAAAACUCAAAAAAGUAAAGGAAGAAAACAUCGCCUUAUUUGAAAAUAAAUUCGCAUUGAAUUUCGUGAGGCAUAUGUGA